AUGGGAUUGAAGACGACAACAACUAGGUACCUAGUCAAAUACUCACAGUCCCAACAUCUCAAACACAACAGAUCACCAGAUCUUCCACCCAUGGCAACAUUCCACCCUUUCCCCCGUCUACCCACCGAGCUUCGUCUCCGAGUCUGGGAAUUAACCGUCGAGCCACGCACCGUCAAUUUCCGCAUCAAACAAAGCGCCGCGGACGACGUCGUCAACAACCGUUUUUCUAUCCAUUACGGGUCAACCAGAAUCCUACCCGUCCACUCAUCCACUCCGGCACCAGCGGCUCUGCACGCGUGCCACGAAGCCCGUAACCACCUAUUGCACUGGAAACGAGUAUAUCAGCAAGUCUUCUGCGUCAUAGUCAACCAAAACCCCGCGAGAGAUUCGACAUAUGACGAAGGCUACAUCUACCUCCAUUUCGAGCUCGACACCAUCGACAUCGGCACCACUUGGUUUCAUGACUUUUUGCUUUUUACGUACUACCACCUUCCAUACUCAGACUCCUCCCAACGCUUGCAGCAGCAGCAGAACCAACACUCAAGUUUCUUUUCUCCUCCCACGCCAGUACCCCUCGCCUCCAAAAUCCUCCGCCUAAAAUUCACCCGCAACUUCGGCGACGAGUACCUCGACCACUGGGACAUCGUAGACGGUCUUCGAUACUUUGUCAGUCUCAAAGAGGUCUUUUGCGUGUGUGGAGAUGGGAUCAUGGCGUGGGGUAGCGCAACGGAGUGGAUCGGGUUUGGGGACUUGUCUUGUGGGGAGGAGGGGGUGUGGUUGAUUGAUGGAAAGAACGGUGGUGGCUUGGGUGACGGGGAGGACAAGGCAAGGAAAGCGGUGGAGUGGGAUGAGAUUUGGGGGGCGUUUAAGAUGGAGAGGGAACGGGAGAGGGGGUAUGGUGGUGGUGGUGGAGGAGGAGGAGGAGGAGGACCAGGAGGAGGAUAUCAAUACCCCCCACCACUGCCACCACCAUCACCACCCUCUCUUCCAUCUCCUCCCACCUUCUGA